CAACAUAGCACUGCAAUCAACUUUUCCGGGUUCAUGUAGCUAUGAAAGUGCCUAAAAAACGUGUAUUUUUCGUUGUGGUUUAAGCUCAAGUUUGACGGUUUGAACGGAUCUUUGGUUUUCGUGGGUAAAUCGCUCGAAUUUUGAACGAAGUGAUCUCUGGAAAUAUCCUAUCCAUAGCUAACGCGUAGGCGGCAAGGGGUUGAAGCCAAAGUGAAAAAACUUAAGUUUUGUAUUCAAAAAGUGACCGAUUUUUUUAGUUUAUACUCAUAAACAAUCAGUUUUACAAGGUAAUGUUCAACCAGUGGCCUCGCUAACUUGUUGCUUUGGUUUUAAUGUUUCAACCACCUGUGUUUUCUGUAUCGUGAGUGGGACACUGCGAUCGAUAGUUUAAACUGAGGACUUAGUUUUUUUUUUCGUCGGUGGGUUAUUUAAAAUUCGAAAAUUUUGUCUAUUUUAUAGACGCUCGUCAUGCCGCGUUGUUACAUGGUGAAAAAGGGCAACAAGUAUCAGAUAACCAACGAAAAUGAAUUGUGGGACCAAAAAGAGGAAGAGCACCCCGACAGCCCUACUGAGGGGGCUGUUGCGCCCCUUUGUUAUACAGCUUUAACCAAUAGACCUGUCCAGUCAGACGAGUCUACGACGAGAGUAUUGAGAAGCUCAACUAGAGCCAGGCAUUCUCAAUCAAACGAUGACGUCGCGCCAGAGUUUCAAUCGAGAAGCGCCGAGGAAACUGAAGCCGCUCACGACUUACUGUCUCUAUCCCAGAGCUUACCGCCUUUACCAGCGCCUAGCGUUGUUAUGAUCCAUCACACUGUACCAUCUGAAGAUGAUUUGAGCCUCAGCUACCGCCCUUUAUCAGUCGACAAUGAGCCGAAAGUCAUUCAAUACACAAAAACCUACAAGCCGAAAAAAAGGCCGCUGAAAAUGGUGCACCAGGACCGCGAACCUGUUAUAGUUCAGAACCACACGUUACAAAAUUUCGCGUUGGUUCAUAAUCCGCAUCAGCCCAGCGAAAAUGUUUUGUAUUUGGUUCAGGUGGGAAGCGAAAGAGGGGGCGAGAUUCAGGUGCAAGGCAUGCCUACGCCACCGGCCAGCGAAUGUAGUUCCGAUGUGGAAACUAUACAGCUUUCGAUGCAACAACAAGACAAAACGUCCAAACAAACUUUGAGCAUCGACGAAUCGGCCGAUCUGAUUGUGCUGCCGAUGUCGCCCGAAGCUGACAUACCAUCUGGUCCUAGAGAAUUCAUAAGUGCAGCUGGAAUACCGAAUACACCUUCGGUUACUUUGGGCGCAUUUGUGCCUCAAACUAAACCUAGUCUUUGGAGGCCUUUGGGGGAAAACAUUAGGAUAACUCAUCCUAAAGCGGGCGAAAUUAAUAAGCCUACUACAGACGAAAUUUGCUCAAUGCUUCAAAGUAAUGAACAGUUAAAUGAGGGCCGGAAUUCUACGAUAUUUUUAAUGGAUUUGCCUGAUAGGAGACGCAAGAAGCGAGGCAGAAGUGAACCUGACAAGAUGUUGAGCUUUGAAGUGAACGAGCAAAAGGAAAAGAAGAAUGAAAUUGCAACAGCUACAAAAACUAAAUUCUUCAAAGUAGUCGAAGAGGAUAUUGAAGAAGAAGAAGAACCAGUGGAAUGCGAACAGAAAACCAAAUUUUGUUGUUCGGAGUGCGGAAAAUGCUACGCUACUUCCAGUAAUCUUUCAAGGCACAAACAAACUCACAGGAGUUUGGAUUCGCAUUCGGCCAAGAAGUGCAACCAUUGCGGUAAGGCCUACGUUUCGAUGCCGGCCUUGGCCAUGCACCUGCUCACCCACAAGCUGGCUCACAGCUGUGAUAUUUGUGGAAAACAGUUUUCGAGGCCUUGGCUACUGCAAGGCCACCUGAGGUCUCACACUGGGGAGAAGCCUUACGGAUGUGCGCAUUGCGGAAAGGCUUUUGCCGAUAGGUCGAACCUUCGUGCGCACAUGCAAACCCAUUCCAACGAAAAACGAUUCGAAUGUCCGAAUUGUUUCAAAAAUUUCGCCCUAAAAUCGUACCUAAACAAACAUUUAGAGUCGACUUGCGUCAAUUACGGUGCCGCCGAUGCGAAAAAUAAAGAAAUAAAAAUCAAAGAGCAACCGAAAAAGAACGCCGAAACGCAAACCCUAACAAUAGACGACACGACUUUUUCGAUAAUUGUGGAUUAAGUUUUAGGAUGAUAGAGUGGAAAAAAAAUGACCAAUUUUUCUAGUUGUUUGGUAAAAAAUUGCUCAAAAUAAAAAAAAAAAAUUAUAGGGAGGGAUCGUAAUUUUUACCGUGUUUCGGAGAGGCCGUUAAUUUCCAAACGACUUCACCAGCGGUAUUUUUAUUAUUAAAUAUUCUUUUAAUAUCCCGUUUGAUGUUACUUUGUUUUGUGCGUGUAAAAAAAAUAUUAAAAAUUAUUCAUCCCUUGUACAAACAUAAGCAAUAUUUAAAAUGAAUUCAGAAUUUAGGACAAGCAACGAAGUAAACUUUAAUUUUUAAACAGGGCUUAUUUUUUAGUUGAAUGUGCGUUUUAGAACUACUGUUACAACGAACAUUAUUAUACAACUGGGUUUUUCUAGAAUAAAAUUUGAUGUGAUACUUAUUUUAGUUGUGUUCGUAGAGUUUAGGAAUUUUGGGUUUGAGAUUGAUGUAUUUUUUGAAUUAAUCACUUUUAAUGAAAUAUUAAUUUUGUCCGAAUUUUUGUGCCACGCAAUUGGCACACAAUAAUCACCCUACGAGUCUUGAAACUCACCGUGGCCCCACGUUGGGCGCCAAUUUGUAAGAUAAUUCUUUGGGAAGUUGAGUACACGGAAAGAAUUAAACGAAAACCGAUAAGGAAAAUUGAUUACUGUAUAUUGGUCUUUGUAAUAACAAAGAAAACGAAAAUGAAAUUUGCACUAUCGCACUAUGAGCGUUGACAUUGGUUGUCAUCUCAAGCGUUUGCCGUUUACUUGUAGCCGACCAGUGGCUUGGGAAUUAGGGAAUUUUGUUACGAAUUCUAAUUUUGAAAUUUAAAAGAUGAUAUCCCUAGGUUUUUUCGUAAUUUAGUUGGCUAUGAUAGUCAUUUUCUAAUAUUUCCAUUCUCUCGAAGACAUUUUAAGAAAAUAUUCAAAAGUUUAUACCAUCGAGGUUGCAUGUGCUCUUAUGAAAAAUGAAAUUAACGUCUCAAAGGACAGCGGUCUGGAUACAAUGAAAUGACACUAUUCCGAUGACAGGUCUUCGCAUCUGGAAAAACCUAUUAAAGUUUUCCAUCGAAGACCGGCGGUCAUCCAAAUUUUCUUGACACUUUCGCAUUGAAUAUAAUUCCGGCGCCAGAUGCGAAACGUCAGAAAAUCUGAUUGAAUGUUUUUUUUGAGCAGGAGGCAGAGGGUUAUUCAUUCUCCAUAGAAAAAUAAAUUAAAAUAUUUUAUUAUUUAAGUGAUUGAUUCAAAAUAUUGAAGAGGGUGUAUUUUGUUUGUAUUUUUGGUUGAAUGGUUCCAUAACCAAAAAUUACAAACUGAAUACGCACCGGAACGUAAAAGUCUACAAAGAAAGGUGAUAGUAUAUAUUUAUUAUAGCAAGCUUUAUAUAGUUUUUUAAAACAGGCAUUUUAGAAAUACGUAAUGUUUUUGACAACAAUUUUAUAUAAAAAAAAUGGCUUUAUAUCGACACUCUUGCGCUAAUUUUCGUUUAUUUAUAAUAAUAACAGUGUAAACACACUCAAAUAUUGUCUACCCUGUUAUUCUUCUAAAAAUCUAUGCACUUAAAAUAGUACAUACUUAUUCAAAGUUUUAACUUAGAGAUUCGGAAGCAAUAAAGUAUCUAAUUAGUAGACUGUAAAAACGUAAGACACCCUGUAAAUUGAGGCUGGAAAAUUUUAAAUAUAGAAAUGAUUAGAUUUGUAGAUAAUAGUGUAUGCAUUAUAAACUAUUUUAUCUAUCCUCUGUAUCUAGGAAUUAUUAAAACUGUACUCAUUCACC